CAGAAACAUAUGAAUGUUUGCUCUGGUCACCUCUAGUCCUCCUGUCUCUGCUGACAAAAGUGGGACAGACAUCCAAAGCAAGAGUCCAUGGGUGAUCCAGGCCUGGCCUCUGCUCAGGCAGAGCAUGGAUCACUUCUGCUCAGGCAGCUUGAGAGGAUGAGGGCAGCCGAGGAGCUCACUGAUGUGGUCCUGCUGGCAGAGGGGAUUCCCUUUGCUUGCCACAAGGUGGUGCUGUCGGCAUUCAGCCCUUACUUCCAGGCCAUGUUUACAUGUGGUCUGAAGGAGACCCGGGAAGGAGAGGUAUUUCUUAGAGACACUCCUGCCCAGAGCCUGGAGCUGCUACUGGACUACAUGUACCGAGCUGAACUCCGCUUUUCGGACGACAACAUCCAGGGAGUGGCUGCAGCUGCCUUCCUGCUCCAUGUGGAUGGAGCCUUCAGGUUGUGUCAGAACCACAUGGAGGCCUGCAUGGACCCUUCCAACUGUGUUGGCCUGUACCACUGGGCCAGAGACCUGGGGGCCGCCGGUCUGGCCAACUGCGCCUUAAGAUACCUCUGCCAACACUUUGCACAGGUUUGUGAAGAGGAAGAACUGCUGGAGCUGGAUGCUCAAAGUCUUGGGGACCUGCUGGGCUCAGAUGACCUCAACAUAUCGCAGGAGGAGGUUGUGCUGGAGCUGGUGCUGCGUUGGGUGGAGAGGCGAAGAGGAGACUUGCAGAGUGAAGCCCAGGCUGUGGAGUUAAUGAGGCGUGUCCGGCUAGAACUUGUUGACCCUAGAUUCCUCCGUAAAACUAGGAGACGAAACCCGGAGUUGCUGAGGGAUGCUGAGUGCUUUGGGAUGAUUGACGCUGCUCUCCAGACCCCUGGUCUCUGUGAGGCGUCCGCUGCACCUCGGCCAGCCCUUCGUUACGGCAUGGAGACCACCGACCUGCUGCUCUGCUUGGGUGGGGUGGAUAAGGAGGGAGUGCCUGCCCGCCGUGGAGGACUUGCUGACCUCAGUUUUUGCUUUGACCCGCAUGGCAGAAAAACGUAUUUUAUCCCCUCUCCACUGAGGGUCUGUGGGGGUAUGGGGCAGAUCACAGCUGGGGCAGUGACACGAGACAACAAUAUAGUGGUAGCUAUAGAGGGAGAAGACCAACACAGAAGCAAGAGGGUAGAUAUCUACAGGUACGAUCAAUCAGAGAAGAACAGCUGGGUGAAGCUGUGCUCCACAGCACACAGGGACAUGUAUGCUUUAGGGCUUCUAGGUGAUGCCCUGUAUAUGAUGGGAGCCUGCCACUGCACCGUCAGCCUGAAGGAGCGUCUCUAUGUGCUGGGGGGCUGGACACCACAGCAUCAGCCAGGUGAUGAGCCUGACAAGCUGAGUAACCGUGUCUUUCGGUUUGACCCCGGCAAAGACAGGUGGACUGAGUGUGCCAGGAUGAAGUACUCCAGGUACCGCUGCGGGACGGCUGUCCUCAACGGAGAAAUGUACAUACUAGGUGGUAUAGGAUGUGAUGGAGAAGACUGUGGACAGUUACGACACUGUCUUAGCUCUGUAGAGAUCUAUAACCCAGACACAGACACCUGGAGGGCAGGACCAACCCUGCCCACGUCUUUACUCAGCCUUCAAACUAACGCUUCCAAUGGUGGAGCAGUGCAUGGCAAGCUUUACCUCUGUGGAUACUACAAGGGUGCUGGCCGUCAUGAGAUCAUCACCAAGGAGAUUUUGAAAAUGGACCCUGCAGACAAUGUGUGGACUGUAGUGGAAAGACGAGCAGCCUUGCAUGACAGCUAUGACGUCUGUCUGGUGGCUAACCUCAAUCCUCGAGACCUCUUCACACCAUAAUUUAUCUCCUCCUGACUCUGAGCAACAAUGCUUGGAGCAAGGAUGUAUGGGAAAUGAGCUUCUGUCCUCUUAGCCUAAUUCAGCUGUAUUGAAACCUGGCUGGGAAUUCCUAAGUAUCAACCGCAGAGUUAAUGUAAAAUCUGGAUGUUGUUCUAUAACUUCCCAACAGACAAUAGUGGUGGUGUUUUUUGUUGCAACCCUAUAAUAACUUUUUGCAUGGUUGUUGUAUAAGGUUGUUUAUUGAGUAGUAAAAACGACACCAGUUAAGCAGUCAGCUAUCUUUUCAGCUUGACACGUUUAAAUGUGAUAUAGAGGCUAGUCAUAACGUUGAGUUGAGUUAAAUAAAACAAAUAAAUGAA